AUGGACCUAUUAAACGGUUUUUAUGGGCCGGUGCUAGUCGAAAGGGCUGCUUUCGCAGCUCAAGAUGAGUUUUUAUCUCCGGAAAUAAAAAGUGUAUGGUGUAGCGCAGCCUUUGAAUACCUGGGGUUACUGCAGUUCAACGGGUCUCCGCAUAUAGGAACGAUAUCAAAAUUUGUUGAAGGAAACCAAGGCAACUUAAUUCCAAAUGCCAGCACGGCUAAGGUUCAAGUGAACUACAAUGUGUGCCGGAAGGUUGUUGCGCACGAAUUUUCUGACGCGAUUGCCUUACAAGAAGCAGAUAGCAACGUACCAUUUCUUGAGAAGCUUUACGGAAUUGUUAGGCUUUUGAUAUUGGGUGAGAAAUGGAAAUCACUCGACGAAAUUGAUCAUAGGCUGGAUGCGUAUUUGAAAUCAAAAGAGGGUUGUUUAAGUGAAGCGGAAAAGCACUUAACUCUGGCGGUUAGGCUUUUGAUAUGUGGGGCGCUAUAUCUUCAGGGAAGAUAUUUCGACUGCAUAAAAUACUUCGUGACAGCAAUCCAAAAGGAUGGCGCGAUAUUCGACAUGCUUCUUCUAUCAGACUCGGAAGCUUUCUUCACAACUGAAGAGAUUAUUACAAUGAUUACGCUAUCAGUUAUCGUCUCAGUACCGUUGGAUAACUAUGAAGAGUUUGCGCAGCUGGAAGAGUUAAAACCACUCUUCGUCAUUGCCCCCACACUUUCUAGUUGUCUUUCAUUGCUGAUUGAUACGAGCUAUAAUAGCUUUUUGAAGUUGUGGAAUGAAAGCUUUGACCAAAAGUGUUCAUCUAGCUAUUUCCUUUGUGGGCGCUGGAAAGAAGUCCAGGCAACUAUGAGAUACAAAAUAUAUUUCUUCUACCUAAGAAUAUCAAAUAGGGUCGAAAUUCGCUAUUUAUCAGAGACCCUUGGAAUUGACUUCGAGACAGUUCGGACAGAGAUUAACAGCUUGAUCGAUGACUUGACUUUGAAUUUCUCAAUAAAUGACCAAUUGAUUUACUAUCGAAACAGGUAUGAAAUGUCUGAUAUAGUUAAGAAUCUAAGCUCAUCCAAAACCAUUUUGGAUGAAAGGAUUGAAAAGCUGAAGAAUCAAAAUGAUCUUGUAAGAUAUCAAGUUCAGCAAUCGAUCAUUGAAAACAACGCUCGGCUUCGUGAACAAAACAGAGACCUUGACGCCUGCAAUGACGAGUCCAACGAGAAUCUUCAAAACUUUGUAUCUAACUCUGAACCGGAUUUGGGUGAUUGA